AUGGACAUCGGCACGGCAAUUUUAAUAAUUGGCUUCGCUGCUCUCGUUGCAGCCUUCCUCCUUCUGGUAAUUGGACUUGUGUACUCUGAGCUGAUGAAUUCAGACAUUCCUCGUGGGGUUGCAAAUAGAUGGAAACUGCACAUGGUUCAUGGCUUGUUUGUUGGCAUAGCAAUUGUGGGCCGGAUCCUUCAUCGCCUGGGUAUUUGUCAUCAGGUCAGCUUUAUCCGGUGGUUUGUGGCCUGGUUUCUGACUCGCUUAAAUCCAGUUCCGGCCGGCCUGCGAGUGAAGAACCUGACGUUUUCCGAGGUCCCAGUGCGACUCUAUGAACCCACCACUACGUGUGAGGGCUUAAGAAAAGGUCUGGUGUAUUUCCACGGAGGAGGAUGGGUGUUGGGCAAUAUAGAUUCUGUUGAUGAAGUCUGUCGGCACAUCGCCAAGGAGUCAGACACCACUGUGGUUUCUGUUGGGUACCGAUUAGCCCCUGAGCACAGGUACCCCGCCCAGCUGGACGACUGUGAGACAGCGCUGUCUCACUUCCUGUCUGUGGCUGAGGCAGAGUUUAGCGUGGACUCUCACAGAGUGGCAGUCGGAGGGGACAGCACUGGGGCCAACCUGGCAGCAGCCCUGUGCCAAAGGCUGGCGAGGACAGAGGUCGGACAUCUGCCAUUCCCCUGCGCUCAGGUCCUCAUCUACCCGGCCCUGCAGAUGGCAGAUUUCAACCUGCCCUCAUACCAGCAAAAUCAUGCUGUGCCCAUAUUGUUUCGUGGCCGUAUGGUGUUCUACUUUCUGCAAUACCUCAAUGGGGAUAUGUCUUUGUGCCAGGAGCUGUUGGAUGGAAUCCAUGUCCCCACUGAGCUCCAGCCUUGCUAUAAGGAGUGGCUCUCCCCUUCCAACCUUCCCCCGGAGUUCCUCGUGCGGGGUUACGACGAGCCCCCAACCCCGCAAUAUGACGGGGAGGUGUAUCACUCUAUCAAAGCUGGUUUGGAACAUGAGGUCUCACCUUUACUGGCGGAAGACGUAAUCAUUCAGAAAACACCUCCGACCUUCAUCCUCACCUGCGAGUAUGACAUCCUGAGGGACGACGGGAUUCUGUACAGGAAACGACUGCUGGACUUGAAAAAGGACGUCACCUGGCGGCAUGUGGCGGAAGGUUUUCACGGCAUGAUUAACUUUUUUAACCAGGGCUGGCUCACCUUUAACUCUGCAGCUCAGGUUGUGGAUAGUGUCAUAGACUAUAUGAAAACACUGUGA